ACAGACAGACAGACAGAUAGGCUAAGAGAAAGACAUAAUGGACCUUGGUAUGCUGCUCCUGCUGGUACUCAGCAGUGCCGUCUGCCACAGCGCGGAUUCAACGUAUUAUGGUGGGACUGUGCGCUGUACAAUACCGGGAUACAUGCCCCCAGACUCGAAAUGGACAGGGGAGGUACAAUUCCACUACCGUGAGAAUGGCCGGGACAGGUGUGAACAGCAGUUCUCCUGGGAGUGCACCAGCGGCUACUGUAAUGGCAGUGCCAACCGCCAAGGACCUGUCGUGCAGACCACCGACAAGGACCAGUCCGGCCAAAACCUCUGGUGCCAGUCGGAGGGACACUUCACUAGAAACUUCACUAGGGACCAGAAAACCCAAUCCUACACCCUGAGUGACUCAGGUUGCUGUUGGGGCUCCAAUGUCAAUGGAAAGACCAACUGGACAAUACACACCGAGGUGGAUUUGGGGUUACGGGUCAGCCCGGGGCCUCCAACCCAAAACACACCUCCUGUCACGGCAACUGUCCCAACCCUGCGAGUUCCUCAGAACUGCUUUUCCACUCUUCCUCUCUUGGCCUAUGACCCGGAUGGAGAUGACGUGAGGUGCCACUUCCCUGUGAACGUCGCACACCCCAACAUUACACUUGACAGGGUCCAGUGCACUCUGCAUGCCACGGGCCGGUUGGCUGUAGGGUUGCAUGUAUUUGAGGUGCUGCUGCAGGACCACCCCACUGUAGACGUCAACAUGACGGGAUAUAAAUCUAAUUAUACCAGAAAGGCCCUGAACGAGUCCUAUGCCAGUAACCCGACUCCGACCCCGUUCAGCCGCGUGCCUUUGCAGUUUGCCGUGGAGAUCCAGCCAGCUCUAUCCAACUGUCUCCCUGGCUACAUACGACCACAGUUCUUGACUCCAACACCUUCACAUGGGGAUGUCCAUCAUGCCGCUGUGGGUCACCUGUACCAACUCGAAGCCCGAGUAAAAACCGCCCAUGCCAAGACAUUUGACUUCCAGGUCAGCGGCCCUUCCAACAUGACCAAGAAGAUCAGGGAUGAGGGCUUUGGUGUCACGAGGCUCUUCCUGGGCUGGAUCCCGCAGGAAAGACACCUGAGACAAAACAUUCCCAUCUGUUUCACUGCCGAGACAAACGAGAGCCAGUCAGAGAUGAGAUGUGUGGUUGUGGUGGUGGCCAAAGCCCUCGCACUUACAGGUGAGGCGAAUGUUUCGUGCACAGAGAAUAGGAUCAGCAUCGCCGUGAGCAAGGCCUAUCUGCCUGGGGUGGACAUGAAGUGGCUGCGGCUAGCCGACUCAUCCUGCUCCCUAACCUCCAACCAAACACACAUCAUGGGCACCAUGUCACUCAAAACCUGUGGCACAAAGAUGGAGGAUGCAGGUGACUUCAUGGUGUUGAAAAACGAAAUAAACUCCUUCGACGCGGUCAACGCGACCAUCACACGACGUAACCGGAUCCACAUCGGCUUCUCCUGCCGGUAUCCCAAGACCUUCAGCAUUUCCAACUAUUACCAGAUCCACAGCUCCAACUACAUGUUCACAGAGUCCAACUUUGGUAGCUUCGGCUACACCUUUGAGGUCUUCAAGGACAGUAAGUUCACCCAGAAGGUGGAUCCCAGUGCUUACCCAGUGAAGGUGAAGCUAAUGGACAGGCUGUACAUGGGCAUCCAGGCCCAGUCCGAUCUGCCCAAGGUACAGCUGUUGGUGGAGUCUUGCAAAGCCACUCCGGAUGACAGCGCCAGCAGCAGUCUCUUCUAUGACCUCAUCAAAGACGGGUGUCUAAAGGACGAGACGGUCAAGGUUUAUCCCGGGAACCGAACCCAAUUCUACUUUGAGGUCCAGGCCUUCAAAUUCACUGGGAGCUACGACCAGGUGUUCCUCACCUGUACCGUCAUCCUGUGUGAGGUAGGAAACCCCAACUCUAGGUGUGACCAGGGCUGCCUGAACAAAGCCUCGCGGAGGCGCAGGCGAGAUCUCCCCAACGGAGAGACAGACAGGCACUACAUUACCCAGGGUCCUUUCCGUGUGGUCAGAGAGACCCAGCCCAGUGCAGACCAGAAGACAGGUGCAGGUGAAAAGACCGGUGCAGAUGUGGAAGCUACAUAUUUUCUCAGAUCGGACAUGGGAACCAUAGUCUUCGCCGGGCUGUUCAUCAUGACCGUGAUUCUGCUGACAGUGGUCGUGGUCUAUUUUUUGAAGAAGAGCAGAGCUGAAGAACACGAGGCUCUCAUUGCAUAUGAUUAAAGAAAUGUAACUGGGUUUGUGCCUGACCAGGGUCACUUCUGGUUUACCAAAAGUAAAGCACACCUUUCUUUUAGUUGUACUUUCAACAACAAAUGAACACUAGUUUACAUACUGAAUACGGUAACAUUAACUACACAUAUUAACACUAGUUUACAUACUGAAUACGGUAACAUUACUACACAUAUUAACACUAGUUUACAUACUGAAUACGGUAACAUUACUACACAUAUGAACACUAGUUUACAUACUGAAUA